AUGGGGAAGUUGCAAAAACUAGAUAAUAGGAUUCAAGUUAUGCUCCAAAGUGGUGUUAACCAAAAUCAUCGUACAGUUUUAGUCAUCGUAGGCAACAAAGGUCAAGAUCAGGUGCCUAUUUUGUAUCAGAUUCAAACAGCAAUGGCGAAGAAGGGUAUGCUCAAAAUUUUGUGGUGUUAUAAAAAGGAACUGUCAUUCAGCACCAAGUUCAUUUUUAUUAAUGCCAUUCUGCUAUUUAGUCAGCGUCGCAAAGCUGGUAUUGUUAGUGAAGGGACAGUAUUCGAGCAGUUCAUUUGCUCCACCGAUAUUCGGUGGUGUUACUACCAUGAAACAAAUAAAAUUCUUGGUCAAACUUUCGAUAUGUGUGUCCUACAAGACUUCGAAGCCCUUACUCCCAAUACCCUUGCGCGUACCAUUGAAACCGUAUCUGGCGGUGGUCUUGUUGUUUUUCUGUUGAAGUCUAUGGAUUCACUUAAGCAGCUAUGCACGAUGGCCAUGGAUGUCCAUGCUAGAUACAGAACGGAGGCGCACACUGAUGUUGUAUGCCGCUUUAAUGAACGCUUCUUGCUUUCGCUUGCUCAGAAUCCCCGAUGCAUUGUCAUAGAUGAUCGUUGGAAUAUACUACCGAUUUCAAGGAAAGUUAUUCGUAGUCUUGACUGCAUGCCAGAUCGUGAACAGUCGGAGCAGGUAUCAAGGGAACAGGCGGAGUUGGCUAAAUUAAAAGUUCUUUUAACUGAAGACGACUCCUAUUUCGCCGCAUUAGUAAACCUCUGCAAAACGCUGGACCAAACUAAAUCCCUUCUCCAGUUCUGCUCCGCUCUUAUUGACAUAGCUAACCCUUUUGAUAAGACUAAAGUCGCCAAGAAGUCAGGCAUUGCCAGCAAGCUUGCUCAAUUCGAUCUUCCCACACAGAAUUUGAUUACUCACCUCUCCGACAGUGGGACCAAAAGCACCGGUCAUAAGUCAGCCUCCUCGGCUGUGGUUGUCGUAACAGCAGGCCGAGGUCGUGGCAAGUCUGCUGCCCUUGGUCUUGGUCUUGCUGCCGCAUUUGACGCUGGUCUUCCAAACAUGUGUGUGACCGCACCAAGCCCUGAGAAUCUUAUCACCCUCAUGCAGUUCGUUUUGCUCGGUCUGAAGGCCCUCAAGUAUGAGGAACACGUGGACUACACCGUGCAUCGUUCCACUGAUCCCGACCACAACAAGGCAGUUGUAAAAAUUGAAGUAACGCGCCGUUUGUAUCGUCAGAGUCUUGUCUACCUCCAACCCUGGGAGGCGGCAGCUGGUGCGGGUGGUGGCUGGCAGCCCGACUUGUUUUGUAUUGAUGAGGCCGCCGCCAUCCCCUUACCUACCGUGCGUCAGAUGAUAACCGGGCCUAAGCUGGUUUUCAUGGCGUCAACUAUCAACGGCUAUGAGGGCACGGGUAGAUCACUGUCGGUGAAGCUUAUCGGUCAACUGAGAAAUGAGUGCCAGCUGGUCGAUGGCGUUUCAAGAAUUACUAAUACGGAGUCGACGAAAGAAUCUUCAGAGAUGGGGAAAGGUCUACAGCUCAUGAAUCGGGCACGCCUCCUCUACGAGAUUUCGUUGAAAGAAGCCAUCCGAUAUGCGAAUGGAGAUCCAGUAGAGAGCUGGUUAAACAAUCUUCUCUGCCUUGACUGCGGGGAAAAGUUGUCCUCUACAGAAUCUAAGACUGGUGGCAUCGCUCCAGCUCCCGACGCGUGCCAACUCUACUACGUUAACAGAGAUACUCUUUUCGCUUUUCACACCUCGACUGAGGUCUUUUUGCAACGCCUCAUGGCCCUCUACGUCUCUUCACAUUACAAAAAUUCGCCAAACGAUCUGCAGCUGCUCUCAGAUGCACCUGCUCAUCAUAUCUUCUGCCUCCUCGCACCCUACGACCCAAGCUCUGGUCGUGUUCCGGAAAUCCUUUGUGUCAUCCAGGUAUGUCUGGAGGGGAAGAUCAACCGUGACAUCGUCAUGCGCGGUUUAUCUCGUGGACUGAAGCCUUCUGGUGAUUUGAUUCCGUGGACUGUUAGCCAACAGUUUUGUGAGCCUAACUUUGGUGAACUCUCGGGUGCACGUAUUAUUCGGAUUGCCACGCAUCCGGACUACCAGUCACUAGGCUACGGUUCCAGAGCGCUUCAACUGUUGCACAAGUACUAUCUGGGCGAGAUUUCAGUGGAGGACGAUCAAGUGAAAUCAAAAGCGGACUCGGAGAGUGAAGAUGGUGAUGACGGAGACGAGGACAAGUUGGAGGAAGAGGAGGAAGAGGAGAUCCCGGACAAUCUAUCGGAUCUCGAGGAAGAAACUCCUGCAGCCAAGAAGGUGAAAAAGUCGACCGACGGUGGUGACGGCUCAACCUCACAACUUCUCACUGAAAAGGUGGAGCGACGUGCUUCGAGCAGUCUACCUCCUCUCCUCAGUCGUUUGAGUGAGCGUAAGCCCGAGAAGUUGAACUACAUUGGUGUUUCCUUUGGCGCGACGCCCAAGCUUCUGCGCUUUUGGAAAAGGGCUGGUUACUUACCCGUUUACCUGCGUCAGACAAUGAAUGAGCUAACCGGGGAAUUUUCAUGCAUCAUGCUGUCAGAAUUGCGUCAUGAUGGCGCGGCUGGUGUUAGUGUUGACUGGUUGAAAAAUUUCUACUUCGAUUUUUGCAAAAGAUUUGUCAAACUGUUACCGGGACCCUUCCGUACCCUGGAUGCGGCCUACUCACUGGAACUGCUCAUCUCCAAGUCGACGCGCUCUUGGAUUGGAGAGGAACUGACGAGUGCGGAGGUGCGGCAGUACUUCUCAACGAUCGAUUUGGAGCGUCUGCAUCGCUACCUGCGCUCCCUCCUAGACUUCCCUAUGGUGGCCGAUCAACUGCCGCAGUUAGCCAUCCUCUACUUCCUCCGUCGCUUCCCUCAUGUGAUUCUCUGUGGUUUGGGCGUGCAGCGCAAGUCGGUGGAACAGUUGGCGGAGGAGUUAGACCGUCUGUUGGGCGUCGACGGAGGCCUGCAAGGCAACAGACAGCGUCAAUCGCUAGUUACAGGUGUUAAUGGCGCCUUCUGGAACAGCAGAGUCGAAGUGACGUCUGUCGGAGGGCUGGCCAAGAGGCGCCUCAGGGUCGAUGGUCAGACCAGUACCGACCAACCAAGUGGCGGCUGGGCGCGGCGUAUCCGUGGCCUCCUCUUUGUUAUCAUCCAUGAACUCGUCAAGUCCCUCGAUGAGUCCCUCAAGGCCGCUGAGGAUGACGGCCAACCGUAUCAGGGAGAGACCGUGUCGGGUCUACUCAGUGCCUCUGCCCCCUCCAACCUGGGGACGCGUGACCUCAACGCUUCAAAGUCCGAUGAUGAUGAGGAGGAGGAGGGGGAGGCGGAUCUGGGCGACGAGUUUGUUCUGACUGAUGUAACGCCUGGUAGCACAUCAGUGGUAUUGACGGACGAGGCGGAGCAGGUGCGUCGAGCGGAGCUGGUAAAAGAGCUGCUGCGUGAGGAGGGCGAUGUCAAACUCGCCCGCUACGAAGUUAAAGGCUCGGACAGGAGUUGGAGUGCUGCUGUUGCCGGUCAUGGCUCCGAGCUCUCCGCCCUCCAUGUGCGUGUUCCGGAGGAGAAGGCAAAGGAUGGCGGUGUGAAGCGUCGGUGCGAGGCCCUGGGCGACAAGAUGGAGAGGAAGCGCAGACUACGCCACAACCAACUGUCUGUCAUGGAUGUCGGGAGAGGAGAAGGCAAGCGACAUAAGAAAGGCAACAAAAAACACCACAACUAG